AUGCGCCCGACUAGCCCGCCGCCGGCCCGCUGGCUAUGCGUGCUGGCCAGCGUCCUCGCCUGCGCUCUCGGCCCCGCGGGCACCCGGGCAACCAUCCUGCAGCAGGAGGAAUGUUACUAUCUGCAGCUGAUCGAGGUACAGCACAAGCAGUGCCUGGAGGAGGCCCAGCUGGAGAAUGACACGGCAGGCUGCAGCAAGAUGUGGGACAACCUCACCUGCUGGCCAGCCACCCCUCCGGGCCAGGUGGUCGUCUUGGACUGCCCCCUCAUUUAUAAGUUCUUCUCUCCAGUUCAAGGCCGCAACGUGAGCCGCAGCUGCACCAACGAGGGCUGGACGCACCUGGAACCUGGCCCCUACCCCAUUGCCUGUGGCUUGAAUGACAAGGCAUCAGAUUUGGAAGAGCAGCAGCAGUCGAUGUUCUACAGUUCUGUGAAGACCAUCUACACCAUCGGCCACAGCCUGUCCCUCGCUGCCCUUCUGGUCGCUACGGCCAUCUUGAGCCUGUUCAGGAAGCUCCACUGCACGCGGAACUACAUCCACACGCACCUCUUCAUAUCCUUCAUCCUGAGGGCCACCGCUGUCUUCAUCAAAGACUUGAUCCUGUUCAACAGCGAGGACGUGGACUAUUGCACCAAGGGCUCGGUGAGCUGUAAGGCAGCCAUGGUCUUAUUCCAGUACUGUAUCAUGGCCAACUUCUUCUGGCUGCUGGUGGAGGGCCUCUACCUGCACACCCUGCUGGCCGUCUCCUUCUUCUCUGAGCGGAAGUACUUCUGGGGGUACAUACUCAUCGGCUGGGGGGUGCCCAGCAUAUUCACCAUGGUGUGGACAAUCAUCAGGCUCUAUUUUGAGGAUACUGGAUGCUGGAACACCAUCAACUCCUCAUUUUGGUGGAUCAUAAAGGCCCCCAUCCUCACCUCCAUCUUGGUGAACUUUAUCCUGUUUAUUUGCAUUAUCCGGAUCCUGGUUCAGAAACUUCAGUCCCCAGAUGUUGGAAAGAGUCACAGCAGCCCAUACUCGAGGCUGGCCAAGUCCACUCUUCUACUGAUCCCCCUGUUUGGAGUGCACUACAUCAUGUUCGCCUUCUUUCCCAACAACUUUACAGCUGAGGUGAAAAUGGUCUUUGAGCUCGUCUUGGGGUCUUUCCAGGGGUUUGUGGUGGCCAUCCUGUACUGCUUCCUCAAUGGCGAGGUGCAGGCGGAGUUGCGGCGGAAGUGGCGGCGCUGGCACCUGCAGGGCUUCUUGGGCUCGGACCCUAAAUACCAGCACCCGUCAGGAGGCAGCAACGGGGCCACAUGCAGCACGCAGGUCUCCAUUCUGACCCGCGUCAGCCCGGGCGCGCGCCGUUCCUCCAGCUUCCAGGCCGAAGUCUCCCUGGUCUGACCGCCAGGCGCCCAGGGGCCCCCGGCGGCUCCUCCCGUCCGCACCAC